AUUGGGCCUGGGCCUCAAAGUCCGCUCUCAACACAGCCUUUGAAACGCUGAAACCAAAAUCAAGGAGCAAGAAACUAAAGCGGAGAAGACGACCAUGGCGACAACACCAGCAGCUGCGAUCCGGUGUUGUGCGGUCGCAUCGAUCUUCGUGUUCCUUAUUUUGAUCCAACCGUCAGUGUCCAUCUACUGUGAUGAAGAUGACUGCUACGAUCUCCUCGGGGUUACACAGAGUGCUAAUUCUUCGGAGAUUAAGAAAGCUUACUACAAGCUCUCUUUGAAACAUCAUCCAGAUAAGAAUCCGGAUCCGGAGUCGAAAAAGCUGUUUGUUAAAAUUGCAAAUGCUUACGAGAUUCUAAAGGAUGAAGCUACAAGGGGACAAUAUGAUUAUGCAAUUGCACAUCCAGAGGAGGCCUUUUACAAUAUGGCUCGUUACUAUCAGGCUUACUACGGUCAUAAAACGGAUCCUCGAGCUGUCCUAGUGGGGCUUCUUGUGGUUCUGUCAGCAUUUCAGUAUCUAAAUCAGUGGACAAGGUAUAAUCAGGCCCUUGACAUGGUAAAAAAAUCACCAGCUUAUAAAAAUAGGUUGCGGGCAUUGGAACUGGAACGUAGUGGAGGUGUGACCAACAAGAAGAAAAGUAAUAAGCAGACAAACAAGAAAGUGGAUGAUGAUCUUAGCAAGGAGCUUGAUUUGCAGAUAAAGGGAGCUGAAAAGCCAUCCAUUUGGGAUCUUCUUGGUAUUCGGUUUAUUCUCCUGCCUUACACAAUUGCAAAGCUAUUGUUGUGGCAUGGUGGUUGGUUUUGGAGAUAUCAGAUUAAAAAAGCUCCUUAUUCAUGGGAAGAUGCCUCUUACUUGACACAAAGAUCCCUGGGGGUGCCUCAUGAGUCAUGGCGGUAUAUGGAUGAACUGCGGAAAGAUGAUCUGAUUGAGAGGCGCUUGUGGGAGAAGUCUAACAUGGACAGUUAUGUGGCAGAGAUGCGUAAAGAAUCAAAACGCAGAAGAUAACUUCAAGGAGCUGUAUUUUACUGAGAUGGAAAAGAAGAAAUCACGGAGGACAGCAGAACAGUGGCGGUGAUUUAGAAUUAUAAAUUCUUAUAUAUGUAGAUGCCAUCUGAAUAUCUAAUAGUUACACCAUUGAGAUUUGAGUCUCAGCAUACAAAGCAGGAUUUACUUUUAGCCAGCCCUUCUAUAACUGACUGGGUAUAUAACAAUGUAAUAUACCAUAUAUGCAACUCUGAGGAAUAGGCAUGAUAAGAAGCUUUACGGGAUUAAUUGAAUGCAAUUUUGUUAAAUUAUUUGCAGAA